AGUGAAAAUGAGCAUAAUGAAGAAUUUCUUGAAUGUGAUACUUAUCCUUUGUGUAUGUCUCAAUUGGUGUUUUACCGAAGGAGCUGAAGAAAAAGAGAGUGGAAAAGUUGAUUCCUACACCUUUCAAGUCAGCUCUCUAUUUCCUUCAUCAUCAUCAUCUUGUACCCCUUCUUCAAAAGCAUCUAAUAAAAAAUCGUCGCUUCGUGUGGUGCACAUGCACGGCGCGUGCUCGCAUCUUAGCAGCAACAAAGAUGCGAGGCUCGACCAUGACGAAAUCCUCAGACGUGAUCAAGCACGCGUGAAGUCCAUCCACUCCAAAUUGUUAAAGAAUAACGCAGAUGGAGUCAGCAAAGCCAAGUCAACCGAGCUACCGGCUAAAGACGGAAGCACACUUGAUUCAGCAAACUACAUCGUAACAGUCGGAAUCGGGACACCGGAGCACGAUAUAUCGCUGGUUUUCGACACCGGAAGCGAUUUGACGUGGACUCAAUGCCAACCAUGUCUUGGAAGCUGCUAUUCACAACAGGAACCAAUCUUUAACCCUUCUUUAUCUUCUUCUUACCACAACGUCUCGUGCUCAUCUCCAAUGUGUGGAAACCACCCAAGUUGCAAUUCGGUUACCAGUUGCCGAUACAGAAUCCGUUACGGAGAUGGAUCGGCUACCAUCGGAGUCCUCGCCAAGGAGAAAUUUACCCUAACGAACUCUGAUGUCUUGGAAGAUGUUUACUUUGGCUGCGGUGAAAACAACACAGGACUUUUCAACGGUGCUGCUGGGAUUCUUGGACUUGGCCGUGGCAAACUCUCAAUUCCAUCGCAGACAACAACAACCUACAACAAUAUCUUCUCCUACUGUCUACCUUCUUCCGCAAGUAACACCGGCCAUCUUACCUUUGGAUCCGCUGGAAUCUCUGAAUCCGUUAAAUACACCCCGAUUUCUUCCUUCCCAAGCUCAUCCCUAUAUGGCAUUGAUAUUGUUGGCAUCCGUGUAGGCGACAAGGAACUAGAGAUUACACCAACCUCAUUCUCGACGGACGGUGCUAUAAUAGACUCUGGCACCGUGAUUACUCGCCUCCCAACCAAGGUCUACGCAGAAAUGAGCAGCGUGUUUAAAGAAAAGAUGUCUAGUUACAAGACUACGUCGGGACGCUCGAUUCUCGACACAUGUUAUGAUUUCACUGGGUUGGCUACGGUGACAAUCCCCACGAUUGCAUUCACCUUCAGCGGUGGCACUGUCGUAAAACUUGAUGGAAUAGGGAUUUUGUAUCAGAUAACGCAGUCACAGGUUUGUUUGGCGUUUGCAGGGGAUGAUGACAUUCUCGCCAUCUUUGGAAACGUUCAGCAGACGACGCUAGAAAUUGUGUACGACGUGGCUGGUGGACGGGUUGGGUUUGCUCCCAACGGUUGUAGCUAGUUAAUGAAAGAAAAAAAAAGAAAGAGAGGGCUAUGUAAUGUAAGGGUUUAGCACAUCAAUUAGCUAUAAUCCCUUCAUCAAUCAAAUAUAUAUGUGUAUAUAUGUGAGGUCGUUCCCCCCAAAAACAAGUGUAUGUGCAUGCCGCAGUUGCUUUUUUUGUUGUA